GACAAAGGCAAACAUUCCCCCAUCCGGUCAAGGUCUGCACUCGACAAGGGAGGCUCGCCCUUCUUAUCUCUACCCUCCCCCCCCCCCCCCCCCCCCUCUUAGUCUUUCGGCGGUCUAAGAAGCAGAUUGCUUUUUGGUUCGAGGUUUGUAGGUGCGACGGACAGCAGAAGAUACCUGAAUCUCGUCAAGAAGAAAGCAAACGCAUUUUCGAAGCGACUCGGUCGACAUGUUGUCCAAGAGGGGCCUCCUGUGGCUCAAGUUGGGACGUACCCUCAACUUGGACCUGGGCUGUUUCGGAAUGGGGCUAGUGAUGUCCCUUACUGGAGUGGCCCUCCUUGACUUGGUGGAGAUCUACGAAUCGGACGUGAAGACCGUGUCGCACCUCAUCACCACAAGAUGCGUCGCCGGACUUGUGGGAUCACUGUUGGGUGGGAAGUUGUACGACACGUACAACACGCAGGUGAUGUCCAUCUUGACCAUGGUGACGGCCGUCGCUUCAGUGCUCAUGAUUCCCAUCAGCGGAAACUUGGCGCUUGCGCACUUCGUGGUGUUCGUCGGUGGCGUGGGAUUUGGUGCAUUCGACACUGGUGGCAACGUUUGGAUCAUCAAGCUCUGGCCCCAAAAUAGCAGUCCAGCCCUGCAAGUGUUCCACCUGAGCUUCGGCAUCGGCUGCCUCGUGGCCCCCUUACUCGCCGAGCCCUUCCUCUCUACGAUUCCCACGGACGACGACGAACUCGUGUCAGACAACCCGGUCGCCUUCAACGAAUCAACCUACUUCCUCUACCCCACCAACCAGACUAACAACUCAACCCUGCCCGUGGAAUCGAGGGUCCACUACGCAUUUGCCAUCGCCAGCGGCUUCUACCUUAUCCCCAUGAUCUCCAUGAUCGUGCUUUACUUCAUCGACAACAGCGAUUUCAAGCCACCCAAGAAGAACCAUCUGGAGCAGGCGUUGGACAAGGAGGAAGCCGCUGAGGACGUGCGAUUCAGCAGGGUCCUGCUGGGCUUGCUGGCUGCCUACGUCUGUGUCUACGUCGCACUUGAGUGUUCAUCGGGACAGAUGAUUACGGCCUACGCUGUCAAAUGUGACCUUCAUCUAGCCAAAACAACAGCGUCUCGGAUGGCUGCCGUUUACUUCCUGUGCUUCGCAGGGAGCAGGGUCAUCGCGGCUCUGAUAGCCAUCAAGGUGACGUCCUACCAGAUGCUGGUGGGAUCCCAUGCCAUCCUCGCCGUCACGGCGGUGGUCAUGCUAAUGUGGGGUAACUCGUCCGAAGCUGUGCUCUGGGCAUGUGCCGCGCUGCUAGGGUUAGGGCAGGGUCCUAUCUACGGCGCUGCGGUGGCGUGGACGGUGAGCUACAUCAACAUGAGCAACGGGAUGAUGUCCCUCAUCAUCGUGACGGCGGGCAUGGGAGCGAUGGCACCAUCGCUGCUCGUGGGACAGUUCUUAGAGUACAAUCCGUCUGUGUUCUUGUAUGUUUGUUUUGUGACGGUGGUGCUAUGUAUCGUGGUGCUUCUGGCCAUGUUUCUGUUUACAAGAAAACGGCCAAUGCUAAUUCACGUGAAAGAGAAGUGUCUAAAUAAUGUAAAUGGGGACGCUGUAACUAAAGAUGACCCAUUUUCCCUAUAAAGUGGUAUAAAACUUGGACUUAGCUAAGGGCUCCUUUCUCGCAGAUUAGAUUAUUGGGAUUCUAUAUAGUUCAGUGUCUAUUGUUUCGUUAAAUACUUCGCUGCGUUUCUUUCGUUGCGAUAUCUCACUCGUUUUCUAAAUUUUUCAUUGGUCUCACACAGCCUCCAGAUUUGUUUAUGAUUCCGGAUUAAAAAUCCCGAAGUCCUUGCUUUACUCUGAGCACCAUGAAAUUCGAUUGUCCGAUCUUAGUUAUCUUUGUCUAGUUUUACCCGGAUAUUUUGACAUUGGUGUCAAAAAAUUAAAAAUAUAUUUUGGCUCCGGCAA